UUCAGUGUAAAUACUGUAUCUUGAGACAUGCUGUAUCCAGAAUUGACUCUACGUUUUCUUUCCUGAGAAUCUGAGGUGAAUGGUAGACAUAUAAAUUUGAUUGAACAGUGAACUUCAAUUCUUUCUAGCUACAUAGGAAAGCAAGUCUAUGCAAUUGAUCACUUAGUAAAACUCUUUUAAUCCACUCUGAAGUUAACCACCAUCAUCAAAAUGUUCUGCGGAGAUUAUGUACUAGGGAUACCACAGUGAAUAGGAUUGUUAAAACCUCUGCAUUCUUGAAAUCUGUAUUCCAGUGAUGUAUGGGAAAUACCGUUAUUCCAGAAUUCAACAAAGUCGUGAAAUAAGAGGUGCAAGGAACCAUCUUCCCAGCUCCCAAUUUCAACCCCAUAAUGGACGCCCAAAUGCUAGAGGGAGCACUCCAAGGAUUUGGCUGUGACAAAGACAUGCUGAUCGACAUUCUAACUCAACGUUGUAACGCACAAAGGCUGAUGAUUGCAGAGGCAUAUCAGAGCAUGUAUGGCCGGGACCUAAUUGGUGACCUGAAGGAGAAACUUUCAGAUCACUUCAAAGAUGUCAUGGUUGGCCUCAUGUACCCGCCACCUUCUUAUGACGCUCACGAACUCUGGCAUGCCAUGAAGGGAGCAGGCACUGAAGAGAAUUGCCUCAUUGAUAUUUUAGCUUCAAGAACAAAUGGAGAAAUUUUCCAGAUGCGAGAAGCCUACUAUUUGCAAUACAACAGCAACCUUCAAGAGGACAUUUACUCAGAGACCUCAGGACACUUCAGGGAUACUCUCAUGAACCUGGUCCAGGGAACCAGAGAAGAAGGAUACACAGAUCCUGCAAUGGCUGCUCAGGAUGCAAUGGUCCUGUGGGAAGCCUGUCAACAGAAGACAGGGGAACACAAAACCAUGCUGCAAAUGAUCCUGUGCAACAAAAGUUAUCAACAACUAUGGCUGGUUUUCCAGGAAUUUCAAAAUAUUUCUGGGCAAGACCUAGUAGAUGCCAUUAAUGAAUGUUAUGAUGGAUACUUCCAAGAGUUGCUAGUUGCAAUUGUUCUAUGUGUUCGAGACAAACCAGCCUACUUUGCUUAUAGGCUAUAUAAUGCAAUCCAUGACUUUGGUUUCCAUAAUAAAACCGUAAUCAGGAUUCUAAUUGCCAGAAGUGAAAUAGACCUGAUGACCAUCAGGAAACGAUACAAAGAGAGAUACGGAAAAUCCCUAUUUCAUGACAUUAAGAACUUUGCUUCAGGGCAUUAUGAGAAAGCUCUGCUCGCCAUCUGUGCUGGUGAUGCUGAAGAUUACUAAAUCAAGAGAUGGAUUUGCAGGACUGCACACUCCUCUCUACAGACUUGUCAAAAUAUAGAGUUUGUGAUAAAUUUGUAUUGUUAGAAGCAUUGUAGCAAAACUGUAGAAUCAUAUUUUUUCUGCUAUCUUUAAAAUCAUUCUGAGCCAAAGAAGAAUCUAUUGAUAAAAGUAUAGGAGGCUAGAUUUGUACUUAUUAUCCAAAUCAGCGAUUUAUUAAAUUGUGUAUAAUGGAAUAAUAAAAAAUUUUUUCGUUGAAAUAUA